AUGAGUUCCUGGAAACAACUCUUAAAAGAAGAAAAGCUCAAAUGAGACGUGGUUUCUGAUGAAAAGGUCACCCCUACUUAGCUUUUUACCCAGCUUGAGUCUAUGGCUGAGCAUAUAAUCCAGCGCAGUACUCAGCUUAAAUGGGAUCUCGAUACCCUUGCUAAAGACACAACAGCAGCUUCAGUCCAAGUAAGCAGUGUCUUGAACACUCUCGCAAACUUAGCUUCCUCCCAAUUCGUUGCAAACGUAAUAAUCAUUCAGAGUAUCUCCGAAAGAGAACCAGAAAAACUUGACCAAAAAAUAGCAGAGCAGCAAACUCCAUCAUCCUCAACCACUUUGACUCCUGCCAAAACUCUACGAGAUGCUAGAAUGGAAAAAGUUCACUCACAAGAGGUGAGGGAAAACAACUUGCUGCCUAAGCAUAUACAAUCAGUCAAACUCGGGAUCGCAGGGCUAAAAGUUGACGAUUUACUGAAAGAAAGCAAAGAUGAAGACGCUAUAAGUACCACGACGCUAGGAAGCCAGAUUUUCAGAGGGACGGUAAAGAAGCUUCCACACGUGUAUGGAACCUCGUUUUUCUUUAAUGACCCAUGGAUUGGACUUUAUGAAGAAAAUGAGCAAGUCUUAGACGGAAUGGAUGAAAUCCCUACAGAUUCAACACCUAUCAAAACUCCUGAUAGAACUCCUAGUCAGUCAGUGUCAGGUUCAACAGCUCCUCCAAUUCCUCCACCAUUACCAAAAACAACGCCACCUCCACCGCCUCCAAUGACUGGAACAGUUCCUCCACCCCCACCUCCACCACCGCCACCUCCACCACCAGCUCCUCCUGCAAUGGUGCCUCCACCAAUACCUCCACCUAUUUCCAAACCCCAAACACAGUCUCAGACUUCCGCUCCAAAGCCUCCAAGUGUUGGAACUUUCCAGCAAGGUCUUGCAGCAACCCUAGAGCACCGUCGUCAAAUCAUUGAUGGAGAAGUCAAAGGCGAUUUAAGUGUAAAGGACACUCUUAUUAGUGAAAGUGAAGUGUUAGGCCUCCCAACUCCUAAAGUUUUCAAUACUUUUUCACAUCCUGCACCUUCACAGCCUGUAGAGCGAAGCGUGAGCACUAAUGAAGCCCCUAAAAAGAAGCCAGAAGAAAUGACGAUGGAAGAUAAGCGAAAACAAUUGGCAGGAAUUUUUGGAGGCGCGCCAAUAAUGAGACCACCUCCUCCACCUCCUGUCAAGGAAAACCCACCAUCAGUGGCAACCCAGCCUGUAAUGCCUCAAAUUAGCAAGCCUCCAACUGCUCCAAGCCCUCCUUCAGUUACUCCACCUAAACAGCCAACUCAAAAAGCACCUGCAAAACCUGCACAUAAAAAUGGCGUGGAGAGUCAACCUGCCCCUUUUUAACACCUGCAACUAGAGGAAGUCUGGGGACCUUGUGGAAGAGAGCUGUACGCGGUGAAUGUACUGGCUGGGUUUUGUUUGGUCUGGUGGAGCGUAAUGUAUGGCAGCCGACCAAGAGCUCACAUCCUGGGCAAGGUUUAACCCAGAGGAGGAUGGAAAUUGGAAGUUGGAAAGGGAUCGCCUAGCAAGUACAGCGGGCUUUCGCUUGGCCCAAUCGUGCAUUUCCCAGUGCAAUGUCAAUAGUUGUGCCGAGCUAGAAGUUUCUUCUCGGUCGAUAAUCUGACCAGAAAAUUUCAUUUUGGAAUUUUUUAGGGAAAGGUAACUUGUAUGACGUCGACAUAGUGAUCCAGCAUCUUUACCUCCGGCUUGUGAGUGAUGGACCUCGUCCGGAGGAGCAACACAAGCCCUAGGCUGUGAAAUUAGACUGGCGAUCAAGGGAGUGGUGCGGAACAUGGACGCGGAAAGCCGGUUAGCUGGCUGGGAGCUUCUCUGUAAUAUUUUAAUGAAUGAGUGCCUGCUAAGCCAGUAGAAGAAGAGGAAGAAUCUUCGUUAUUCAGACCUUCUAGGCCUUCUACCCAGAACCAGAAGAAGUUUGCAGGUAUUUUUGAAGAUACACAAGAGGAAAGUAAGCAGCCAAAAGCAAAGGACUCAAAAAGAGCAAUGAAUAUGUUUAAAUUUAUAGAAGAAGAAGAUGAAAAUACAAUUGACGUUCUUCUUAAUUCAGAAAUUGCCAAAGGAAAGCUCAAAGGAAAAGAAGACAACCCGUUCAUGUUUAAACAGCCAGAGCCGAAAGCUCCAGAACCUCCAAAAGAAGAUAAUCCUUUCAUGUUUAAAGCUCCAGAGGCUUCACAAGAAAAACCUAAAAAACCAAUAACCAUUGAGCCGGAAGAGAAGAAGAGCGUGGAAGCUUCUCCUAGCCCUGAAAGACCAGCAGAAGAAACCAAGGCUCCAAUGCCUCCGUUUCCAUUUGGAAUGAGGCCACCUCAGCCUCCAAAAGAUACCCCCGCAGAAAUUAACGUUGAUAUCAAUAUGAAUAAACCUAUCCGAUUUGGAAGGCAAGCUUCUUCAGCCAAGAAAUUUGAUGAGUUUGAAGAAGAUGUCAAGCCAGCUGUAACUGAAGAAAAGCCAAAAGGUAGGCCGAGUCUGUUUGAUGAAGAAACUGAUUACCCCCCGAACCGUCCUUCUAAAAUGAAGUCAAUAUUCGAUGAAGACGAAGACUCACCUAAAGGAGGGAAAAAGCCUUCAUUAUGGGAUUAA